UUACGGCAGCUACUGUCACCUUACGGCAGCGCCAACUGUCGUAACCGAAGUAAACAUGUGGAGAGUCCAGUGAAACAUCACAGAUGGAGAACUACAGCCGGGCCCGGGUCGUGGAGCAGCCGUGCGUCUCUCCGUUCGCCGGGCUUCCCACUGACACGCCGGAGGUCCGGGUCAGAGACGGCAGCAAGAUCCGGAACCUGCUGCGCUUCGCCCUGAGCCGGCUGGAGGCCGGGCCGGGCCGGACCCAGGAGGAARGGGAGGAGCCCGGUUCUGGUCCCGGUCCCAGCCCCGGUCCGCCCUGCAGUCAGCUGCUGUUCAGCGCCAGCGGCCGGGCCGUUUCCAAGGCNCUCCUCCUCCUCCUCGUCGUCAUCCUGUCGUGUUUCUGUAUCCUCACCUGGUUUCCUGCUGCUCAGGUGUCCUUCGAGGCUCCGCCCCCCAGCCUGUCCAACAGGAAGUGGUACCGGCACCUGUUCAGCACGGCGCCGCCGGUCCGCGCCGUGAACCUGGCCACGGUGAAGCUGCUGCAGCGCUACAGGUGGAGGAGGGUCGGGCUGCUGACCCAGGACCGGCCGGGACCCGCUGAGAUGACCAGAGAUCUGACCCGGCAGCUUCUGAGGGCCGACGUCCAGCUGGCCGCCGCCGAACGCUUCUCUGGGGACGCCUGCAGCGGCCUGAGGAGGCUGCAGGAUGAAGAUGUCCGCAUCAUCGUAGGACAUUUUGAAGACGGUUCUGUGACGGAUGUGUUCUGCUGUGCGUUCAGACUGGGCCUGUUCGGACCUCGGUACCAGUGGAUUCUGGCCGCUGGACGACCUUCUGGGCGGGGGCUGGGAUGGCAGCCCUCCAGCUGCUCUGCUAGCAGCCUGCUAACGGCAGCAGACGGAUCCUUCAGGCUGCAGGUCAGGCAGCUCAGCAGCACCAACACGCCUGGAGUCUCCGGACGGACUCCGCAGGAGUACCUGAAGUCGUACCUGAAGCAGCUGAACCAKGAGGGGUCAGAGGUCAACCCCCUCCACGCCUUYGCCUACGACGCGGUUUGGGUCGCCGCCCGGGUUCUGGUUCAGGUGAAGGAGGCGGCGAAGAUCAGGAGAAAGUUCAGCUCUCUGAGGAACGUCUCUGUUAGCGAGGAAGAGGAGGGGAAGAUGCUGCUGGAGGCCGUGAAGAGCACACAGUUUGAAGGAGUAACAGUAAGGACACACACACACCUGAAACACACAUGUCAGGCUCCCAUCUGCUUCCUUGACCUUCCACCUGUACUGGUUCUGCUGUGCGCCCAGCUGGACGUCCAGAUCGAAACCAUCACCGUGGAGCUCUCUGCGCCGCCGCAGGAGGAAACGGGAUGUGGAGCGUCUGGGACUCACGACGCCCAGGUCUGCGCGGCGAGACGUCCUGCCGAGGAGAACAUCAACUCCCCAGAGCGCGUCCGGCGCCGGCUCUCCAUGCAGCUGCCCAUCCUCCAUCUCUCCUACCUCCCCGUCGUCGGCGGCGUCCGCUGCAGCAGCUCCAGCCUCUUCGGCGAACAGGAAGUCGUCGCUCCCCGCCAGCAGGACCACUUCCUGUACAGCUGAGGACAGGAAGCUGCGCCACCAGGAACUUCCUGUGGGAACAGAGAGCGAUGAACAUGAACCGUUGUUGAAACAUUUGGACAGUAUAAAUUAUGUUGUCAUUUUGUAGAAACCAGUUUUCACUUCAUCAUGAAAGGUUUUGCCAAAAAAGCCACAUUUUGUUGAUAAUAAAGGAUUUAAAGCAGAUCAAACCUGGACGUUUCCUUCAUCAACGUGUUGACCUGAGAAAAUACAGUCUGGAAACGACCUUUGACCUGAGAGAGAAAACGCUGACCAGGCUGAAGGUCAGAGGAUCUGAUGAUUCACCUCUUUGCUUUGGCAGCAGAUCAGAACGUCUGAGCAACAACAUC